AUGAAGCGCUCACGAGAGCUCGAAGAAGAGUUAGAUUCCGAUUCUGAACAGACAAACCCGGGACCGUCCCUACGUCCAGUGUCAAAAGUGACUCAGCUUGAAUUCGCCAUCGACGACGAAGAGGAUACCAUAGCCAUGAGAUGCAACUUGCCUCCGCACAGAGAGCCUCUGGCCUUCAGAUCCUACGACGAAUACGAGGUCCAUUACAACAAGUCUCAUACUAACAGGUGUCUUGAAUGCCACAAGAACUUCCCAAGCGAACAUCUGCUCAACGUCCACAUUGAAGAAUACCACGACCCUUUAGUAACUGUAAAGCGGGAACAAGGCGAGCAUACUUACUCGUGCUUUGUCGAGGGAUGUGAGCGUAAGUGCAUGACACAUCAGAAGAGGCGUAUGCAUCUUAUCGACAAGCACAUGUAUCCAAAGAACUUCUUCUUCGCCGUCACCAGGGACGGUAUUGACGGUAGGCGGUCCCUGCUAAAUGAUGGCAGUCAUCAUCGCCGCCGGUCAUCGACCAACUCGCAAGCUAUCAAGAACUCUCGACGUCGCGCUAGUCUCAUGGAGGGCGAGAAUGUCUCUUCACAGCCGGAGGACAAAUCAAAAGAGUCACCAAAGUCACCAGCGGUGAAGAAUGUGGAAAACAAGCAGGAAAAGGACAAGCCAGCGGACACAGAGAUGGCAGAUCUUACAGGUGCCAUGUCGUCACUAUCCUUUGUCCCACCGAGUGUCCGGUUUGGACGUGGAAGAGCUGGCUUUUCCAAAAGAUGAAGUAAAGACGAAGUUUCAGACUGGGUAGGAGUAUCAGCACACU